CCUAUCGUACCACACUAGCCCCUCCAGCUCGCCCUUGGCUUGGCAUCGUCGCUUUUGUUGUAACUACAUACGACGUCGGUGUCAGAGCGACCCCAACCCCUUCUCUCCCGCGACAUGCUUAUAGCAGUGUCGCUGCUCGUGAUAUCACUGACAGCGUUCCUCUACCAUCGCCCACCAUCUGUCUGGAGCGCCUGCGCCUGGCUUCGACGACUCCCUGCUUCGCACCCGCCUCCACCCCCCGGAGCGAGGCAGAAGCAUGACGAGAAUAACAGCAAGGUGAAGGAUGGUGGACAUGAGAAGCGCAAUAUCGAUACUACCGGCCUCCCCACCUUCACGCUGGCGCAGCAGGGCGGCUCCAGCGAUGACGACUCCGACAACAACAGCGGAGAGGAUGGCAGCCUCCCACCACCCCAGUUUCCAGCACUGAACUCGGCCCAAAGAGCCUCUGCACCGGCCAAGGGAACCCUGAUGCCGCCACCCACGAUCAAACCGUCGAAUUUGCGCGCUCUCGCUGCGCCAACGUCUGCAACCACACUCCGUGUUCCUACAACGGGGCCCCUUCCGAAUCGUGGGCCAGUACCCUCUCGCACUCCUCGAGCUUCUUCCGGCACCAAUCCGUCUACCGAGCCUGGAAGGACGACCAAUGCACGAGGCAAGGUACUUCUGUCGCCAGGGCAUUCCCCGCUCGACUGGGCCAACCUGCAGCGCUCUGGCGAGAAUCUCUCAGGCGUGCCGUCGCUAAUCCGUGUUACUCCUUCAAUGCUCAAGCACAACAAUGGACGAAAGGGAAAGCCGGCGUGGUCGAGCUAUCAGGGCAAGGUGUAUAACAUCACGCCAUAUCUGCCCUUUCAUCCCGGCGGCGAAGGAGAAUUGAUGCGAGCGGCUGGAAAGGAUGGCGGCAAGUUGUUCAUGGAGGUGCAUCCGUGGGUCAACUGGGAGAACAUGCUGGGCGAAUGUCUUGUCGGCAUCGCUGUGAGCGAGGAUCAAGAACAGCGCUCCUUGGCCGAUGGGCAAAACUUGGAUGAGAUGGAUUGAGCGUGCCGAAGAUGUGAUAGAUAUGAUACCCCCUAGAUUUGAAUGCACUGUAACCUGCAUAGUCGAAAUGAAGGAGUUGACAGGUCGGGAGCAAAUGCAUGUCGACCGUUAUCGUAGCCAGAACGCGAAAAGCUUCAAGCAUGUGCAUCUAUGCUUGUAGCUUCGGGAGAUUACUUCACCAAACUCCAAGCGCAACACGCACGAAUGCCACCAACAACGCUGCAC